AUGAGACUCUUUGGGAAUAUCAUAUCUGGCACCCUGGCUGUGGCCGCAGGAGUGUUAGCCCAAGAUGCCUUUGAAGCACCCGACUUCAAUGUAACCGAAGCACUCAUUGGCAAUGGUGUUAAUGUUUCCGCAAUUCCUGAAUUGGCAGGCUUGGUCGUCCGAUCCUCGCUAAGCGGCUGCUCCAUCGCAUGUGACUCACUCAGGGUCGUCUUCGGUAAGACGAAGGUUGCCAGUGGUCAGAAUGCAGAGUAUUGGUCAAAUCAACAACUAGCCGUUGAGCCGUACUGCACUUUCACUCCUAGGGCAGCCCUUGAGGUGUCAACACUAGUAUUGAUAUCUCGCCUUACCCAGUGUCCGUUUGCUGUCAAGAGUGGCGGACAUGCAGCUUUCCCAGGUGCUUCCAGUAUACAAGGGGGUAUCACAGUUGACCUGAAAGACUUUACUACACGCAGACUUUCUGCUGACAAGAAGACUGUUGCUAUUGGUCCGGGCAAUCGAUGGAUAGAUGUUUACCACUAUCUCACUCCAUACAACUUGACUGUGGUUGGCGGCCGAGCAGCACAUGUUGGCGUUGGCGGUCUUACCCUCGGUGGAGGCAUCAGCGACCUCACGAAUGAAUACGGUCUUGCUUGCGAUAAUGUCGCUUCUUAUGAAGUCGUCACUGCGUCUGGAGUUAUCGUCAACGCAUCCCCGAAAGUUUUCCCCGAUCUGUACUGGGCCCUGCGUGGUGGCGGCAACAACUUCGGUAUCGUCACGACGUUCAACUAUGAAACCGUUGUACAGCCUCCCAUGUGGGGCGGCAUGCGCAUUCAUGACACAAGUGCCACGCCAGCAUUGAUCACCGCUUUCGAGAACGCCAUCAACAAUGCUGAGAAAGAUACAAAGCUUGCACACGUCGUUUCUUUCACGACGUACGACACCUAUCAGCUCGCUUUCACCGAACUGGAAUACUUCGUUCCAGUCGAUCUCGCAAACCCUCCCGAAAUCGCGAAAGAGUACCUCAGCAUUCCAUUCAUGCAAGAUAACACCAGCAACAGCACGCUCGAGGAUCUGACGCCUCACCGAAGUAACGAUAUGCCAUCUGGGUUUCGCACUUCCAUGUGGUCUGCAUCUUUCAAGAUGAGCGCCGAGCUCAUCCAAAAGAUGACCGACUACUUCUUCGAGAUCGCACCUGCUCUCCCCGCCGUCUCCGUCAACAUUGCUUUCCAGGCGUUCUCCAAGCCUGCGCUGGAAGCCAUGCAGAAGAAUGGCGGUAAUGCCCUUGGUCUCUACCCUGAAGAUGGGCCGUUUUUCCACGUCUUGGUGUACAUGGCUUGGAACGAGACUAGCGACGACACAACGAUGAUGAAGGCUGCUGAGGACUAUAUUCAAGUGUCCAAGACUAUGGCUAAGGAGCUUGGAGUCGAUAACGAUUACUACUAUAUGCCAUACAGCAGCGGUUAUCAGCCUGUCGUAGCUGGGUACGGUGCAGAGAACAUGGCAAGGUUGCAAGCUAUAUCGAACAGGUAUGACCCGACACAGGUUUUUCAGAACUUGCAACCUGGGUACUUCAAACUCCAUGGAGAAGCACCGCUUGACGAGAGUGUGUAG